AUGACGAGGAGCCCUUAUCCUCCACCUCCACCACCUGCAGCUGCACCACCUACGACCCCACCGCCAGUCGCCGCCGCUACCACCUUUGGAACCCACCUACGACAUUUAUUCGCUCGGCCCCCCCAUCAUGCAACACCAUCCGUCGUCGAUGUUCCGUUCACGAAGGCUAAAGAGCGUACUGCUGCUGCGGAUGCUCCCAGCAAAGACCCGAACAUCGUACCUUAUGAAGAUCAGGAUCAAGAUACUACUCAACCGGACUCCAAUACACAACAGCAGCAACAAUCAGUAGCGGUGCGGGUAGACACCGGGGAACAUGGACGCGGAUGGUCGUGUUGCUGCUGCUAG